CUGAGGCCACAGUUGCCUCAAAGUGACCAAGGACCAAGCUGUCUUUAAUGAAUAGGCAAGACCAACGUCCACUCUCCCAGAAAAGAAGAAAUGCUCAUCUGAAACCCAUCACCUUUUCAGAGUCUUCAGAGUAACCAAGGACUGAAAAAGAACACAAGAAGUAAAUUGGUUUCCAGUGCCUCUGACCUUCCUGUUGAGAGCAAACAAAAAGUAUAUGAAGACUAUUGAACUAUGUCAGAGACUUCCUCCCAUGACUCGUUCUAUGAUUCCCUAUCAGACAUGCAGGAAGAAAGCAAGAAUGCUGACUUCUUCCCUGAGCUAUCUGCUUUUCUCAGCCAGGAAGAGAUAAACAAGAGUCUUGACCUAGCCCGGAGAGCUAUAGCCAGCUCUGAAACGGAAGAUUUUGACUCAGAAAAGGAGAUCUCACAGAUUUUCAACACCUCUCCUGUAAGUGUCUGUGAAAAUCCUUCCCGUAAGGAGACCAAAUUUGGUGAGCCAUCCUCCUUAGGAAGACCUUGUGAUAACAGGCCAACACCUGUCCAACCUCUACCAGAAAAAACUGACCGUAUCUCUUCACCUGCUUCAAAGAGGAAACCUGCCAAAUCACCCCUGCUUGCCAGCCCCAGCUAUAUCCGGAGCCUCCGAAAGGCUGAAAAACGUGGUGCAAAAACUCCCAACACAAGUGUGAAGCCCAAACCAGCAUAUCAAGGUAAGACUGGCCCGCAGAGCCAGCUAUGCGACAAGGCAGCUAAUCUCAUUGAGGAGCUGACAUCCAUAUUUAAAGAAGCUGCAAAGCCGAGAAAUAGAAGCCCGAACGGGGAGUCCUCAUCGCCAGACAGUGGCUACUUGUCUCCUAAAAAUCAGCGGUCAGCCCUGAUGAGUGCCUCAGUCAGCCAGAGCCCCACUGGAGACCAACAGGAGACAGAAGCAGAGGUCAAGUUACCCGAAGCCCAGCAUUGCUACCAGGCAGACCAGGACAAGGCAGUGCCAUGCAGUAACAUCUCUCACCCACAGCCCCAGAAUGCAUUCCACUUCCCCUCAGCUCCACGGUUCAUCCAGAAGCUUCGGAGCCAAGAAGUGGCAGAAGGAAGUAGAGUUUACUUGGAGUGUAGAGUCACUGGAAACCCAACUCCUCGAGUCAGAUGGUUCUGUGAGGGGAAGGAGCUACACAACACUCCUGAUAUUCAGAUCCGCAGUGAGGGUGGGGACCUUCACACCCUGAUCAUAGCAGAGGCCUUCGAGGACGACACAGGUCGCUAUACCUGUCUGGCUACAAACCCCAGCGGCUCAGACACCACAUCUGCGGAGGUGUUCAUUGAAGGUGCCAGUUCAACAGAUUCUGAGAGUGAAAAUUUAGCUUUCAAAUCAAACCCUGGAGCCAUGCCGCAAGCUCAAAAGAAAACAACUUCUGUCUCCUUGACAAUAGGAUCAUCCUCUCCAAAGACAGGAGUGACCACAGCUGUGAUUCAACCAUUGUCAGUCCCUGUUCAACAGGUCCACAGUCCAACCUCAUAUCUCUGCCGACCAGAUGGAGCUGCUCCUGCCUACUUUCCUCCUAUUUUUACCAAGGAACUGCAAAACAUAACAGCAUCUGAGGGUCAGGUGGUGGUCCUGGAGUGCCGGGUCCGAGGAGCACCCCCUUUGCAGGUCAAGUGGUUCCGACAAGGGAGUGAAAUUCAAGACUCUCCAGAUUUCAGAAUUCUACAGAAAAAACCUAGAUCUACAGCUGAACCUGAGGAGAUCUGUACCCUAGUUAUCGCUGAGACCUUCCCCGAGGAUGCGGGGAUCUUUACGUGCUCAGCAAGAAAUGACUACGGAUCAGUAACCAGCACCGCCCAGCUGAUUGUCACCUCAGCCAACACUGAAAACUGUAACUAUGACUCAGUGGGAGAAUCCAACAAUGAUCACUUCCAGCACUUUCCACCUCCCCCUCCAAUCUUGGAGACGAACUCCUUUGAGUUGGCAUCAAAGAAACCGUCUGAGGUCCAGCAGGUGAACAGCCCUGAGUUAGGGCUCAACAUGGCAGCCCUUCAAAUGCAGUUCAGUUCUGCUGAGCGGGAAACAAACGGAGUCCAUCCCGGCCAUGGAGUAAACGGACUGAUUAAUGGCAAAGCUAACAGUAAUCAAUCUCUUCCAACACCAGCUGUCCUACUUUCACCCACUAAGGAGCCACCACCUCUGCUUGCCAAGCCAAAACUGGACCCUCUGAAAAUCCAGCAACUCCAGAACCAAAUCCGACUGGAGCAGGAGGCCGGCACGCGGCACCCCCAGCCCGCCGGCGCCCCGCGCAGCGCGCCCCCCUCGCCGCCCUUCCCGCCGCCGCCCGCCUUCCCCGAGCUCGCGGCCUGCGCGUCGCCCGCCUGCCCGGAGCCCAUGAGUGCGCUCGCCCCCCGCUCCGCGCCCGCCAUGCAGUCGUCCGGCUCCUUCAACUACGCGCGCCCGAAGCAGUUCAUCGCAGCACAGAACCUCGGCCCCGCGUCGGGCCAUGGCACGCCGGCCUCCAGUCCCAGCUCCUCCAGCCUCCCGUCGCCCAUGUCCCCGACCCUGAAGCAGUUCGGCCGCGCGCCCGCGCCGUCCUUCGCGCAGUCCUUCGGCGCCGCUGAGGCCGAGGCUCCGUGGUGCCAGUCCUCGCCGUCGCCCCCGCCGCCCCCGCCUCCGGUCUUCAGCCCCACGACGGCCUUCCCGGUGCCUGACGUGUUCCCGCUGCCGCCGCCACCACCACCGCUCCCCAGCGCGGCCCCGGCCGCCCUGUGCACCUCGCCCACGGCCCGCUUUGGCCACAGCCAGACGCCCGCGGCCUUCCUCAGCGCCCUGCUGCCCUCGCAGCCGCCCCCGGUGGCCGUCAACGCCCUAGGCCUGCCCAAGGGCGUCACCCCCGCGGGAUUUCCAAAGAAGGCCAACAGAACUGCUAGAAUAGCUUCUGAUGAGGAGAUUCAAGGCACAAAGGAUGCUGUCAUUCAAGACCUGGAACGGAAACUUCGCUUCAAGGAGGACCUCCUGAACAAUGGCCAGCCGAGGUUAACAUAUGAAGAGAGAAUGGCUCGUCGAUUACUAGGUGCUGACAGUGCAACUGUUUUUAAUAUUCAGGAGCCAGAAGAGGAAGCAGCUAAUCAGGACAUUGGGUCUCCUCAUGCUUCUGUAGGGAGUCCUCUGGAUGGUCAAAAGGAAUACAAAGUCUCCAGCUGUGAACAGAGACUCAUCAGUGAGAUCGAGUACAGGCUAGAAAGGUCUCCUGUGGAUGAAUCAGGUGAUGACAUUCAAUAUGGGGACGUAUCUGUGGAAAAUGCAGUGGCACCAUUCUUUGAGAUGAAGCUGAAACAUUACAAGAUCUUUGAGGGAAUGCCUGUAACUUUCACAUGCAGGGUGACUGGGAAUCCAAAGCCAAAGAUCUAUUGGUUUAAAGAUGGAAAGCAGAUCUCUCCAAAGAAUGAUCACUACACCAUUCAAAGAGAUCUUGAUGGGACCUGCUCUCUCCACACCACAGCCUCCACCCUAGAUGACGAUGGGAAUUACACAAUAAUGGCUGCAAACCCUCAGGGCCGCAUCAGUUGUACGGGACGCCUAAUGGUACAGGCCGUCAACCAAAGAGGUCGCAGUCCCCGCUCUCCCUCAGGCCAUCCUCAUGUCAGAAGGCCUCGUUCUAGAUCAAGGGAUAGUGGAGAUGAAAAUGAACCAAUUCAAGAACGAUUCUUCAGACCUCACUUCUUGCAGGCUCCUGGAGAUCUAACAGUUCAAGAAGGAAAGCUCUGCAGAAUGGAUUGUAAGGUCAGUGGGUUACCAACCCCAGAUCUAAGCUGGCAACUAGAUGGAAAACCUAUACGCCCCGACAGUGCUCACAAGAUGCUCGUGCGUGAGAAUGGGGUGCACUCCCUGAUCAUAGAGCCAGUGACCUCACGAGAUGCCGGCAUUUACACGUGUAUCGCCACCAAUCGAGCAGGACAAAACUCAUUCAGCCUGGAGCUUGUGGUUGCUGCUAAAGAAGCACACAAACCCCCUGUGUUUAUCGAGAAGCUGCAAAACACAGGAGUUGCUGAUGGAUACCCAGUGCGACUGGAAUGCCGUGUCUUAGGAGUGCCACCGCCUCAGAUAUUUUGGAAGAAAGAAAAUGAAUCACUCACUCACAGCACUGACCGAGUGAGCAUGCACCAGGAUAAUCAUGGCUACAUCUGCCUGCUCAUUCAGGGAGCUACAAAAGAAGACGCUGGGUGGUACACGGUAUCAGCCAAGAAUGAAGCCGGGAUUGUGUCCUGUACCGCCAGGCUGGAUGUUUACACCCAGUGGCAUCAGCAGCCACAGAGCACCAAGCCAAAAAAAGUACGGCCCUCAGCCAGUCGCUAUGCAGCACUUUCAGACCAGGGACUAGACAUCAAAGCAGCGUUCCAACCCGAAGCCAGCCCAUCUCACCUGACGCUGAAUACCGGCUUGGUAGAAAGUGAGGACCUGUAAUCCAACAUUCUUUUUAACGCUGAAACACUGAAACAGCCACCAUUGCCUUGACCAACAUAUUCCUUUGUCACAUUAUGUAAAGGGCAAAACAUACCUUUGACUAUAAGAAAUAAACACCAAAAUAAUACUUUUCCUACUUGAUAUACCAAACUUAGAGUUUCAGUAGGUGAUGCUCAUAGAAAUGUACACAUUGCACAGAAAAUCUUCAUUCAUCAUCCAACUUAAAACUUGUGGAAUCUCUGUGAUGAAAGCGAUCUGAAAUGCCAAAAUGCUAAUGGAAAUCAGCUGUUCAGAGGUAACCAGAAUUUGUAUUCUCCAUAGUGCCUUAAACACUAGCUGUAGGUGCUACACAGCAUGACAGUGUGGAAUGCUUAACAGGAGGCAAAUGUACCACAAAUAAUACUAAAAUGU